AUGGCUACAAGAUCAAGAUUAUACACACGUUUUCGCGCUCCACGUGCAGAUCAAACUGACGAGAAUGUAAUCAGGAAAACUAAUGUUGUUAUUUUGGAUAUUAAUUAUAAUCAAUAUAUGACAAAUGAUUCACAAUUUCAAGUUAAAGUUUUUACGAAAGACGAGAUUGAUGAUCUAUUGGAUUAUGCUACAUCUGGAAUCAAAGAUGUAUAUUUAUUUAUGUCUAAUAUUAAUAAUAAUAUAUUUAUGUCAACGAUCUAUGAAUGUUCACAAAUAAAAUCAAUUUAUAUUUUAUCUCAUGAUGAAUUGCAUCAAAAUUCCUUAUAUGAAGACAAAAAAGUACGAGGUAUUUUUAAAAAUAUAGAUAUGAUGAUACAUCAAUUUUAUCAAGAUAUAACUACAUUAAAUGAUUUAUUCUAUUCUGAACAGAGUACAUUUCAGACUAUAGAUGAACAAAGUGCUCACGUUCUUUGGUGGAAAUUUUUUGAUAAAUUUAUUCAAUACAUUCAAUACACGGAUAAUGAUAAAAAUGAGUUUAUUGAAUUUGCUAGGGGAAUGUACUCAAAUAAUGAAAUUGAAUUAAAAAAGAUAGAAGAAUUCUCCACGGAUUAUACAUCAGAUAAGGCUAUUCGUUGGUACACACGCGACAGUUUUCUUUAUCGUUUGCUGAACCGGACACUUCGAACAGAGAAUAACUUAAAUGAUAUAUUUAAACUUCGAAUGUUCCUAAAUGACCUCAUGUCUGGAUUAAAACGUUUACAAUUAGAUUUCUCUUACAAUUUUUAUUAUCCUUUCACUGUGUAUCGUGGUCAGUUAAUGUCUGCAAGAGAAAUGCAACAACUUGAAUUGAAUAUUGGGAAAUCGAUUUUAAUUAAUCAAUUUUGGUCGACAACUCUGAACUCAUCCGUUGCAGCAAUGUUUGCUUCAUCUCAGCAUGAAGAUGUUUCUGUACAAGGUGUAUUAUUUGAAAUUGAAAUAGAUUUAUCUAAUACUAAAAACGAUCUGACACCAGUUGCAGAUAUCUCACAUUCUAGUGAAUUUCAAGAAGAAAAUGAAGUCCUAAUCUCGAUACAUUCAGCAUUUCUAAUUGAAUCUGUGGAAUCAAGUGAUAGUUUUCGAGUAAUUAAGUUAAAAUUUAUGGAUGAUAUAUGGGAUAUAGAUUUUGAUGAAAGAAGUAUUUUCAGUGAACAUGCAGAUCAAAUAUUUAUUCGACAUUUAUCAAAAGAAAAUAAACAAUUUAUUGUAUUUCAAUUAUUAUUAGAUAUUAUACUUAGAUUAGAUCAAACAUCUUAUGCAAAAAAAGAUCUUUUGGAUUUAUCAAGAUUAGAAUAUAAAGAUGAUCCUCAAGAAAUGAUAAAAAUAGAUGAUUUUGAAAAGAAUUAUCAAUCGGAAGAUGCUCCUAAAUGGUUUACAAAAGAUAGUUUUUUAUAUCGUUUAUUAAAUAAAUCACUUCGUAUUGAAAGAAUUAAUCAUAUUGUUAAAAUGAGAUAUUUUAUUAAUGAUUUACAUAAUCAAUUGGCUAAGUUGCAAGAUGAUUUUAUUCAAUCAUUAAAUGGAUUAACGAAUUUAAUAUUAUAUCGAGGUCAAACGAUGAAAAUAAAUGAAUUAAAUGAAAUAAAAGAAAAUUUAAAUGGUUUUAUUUCAAUGAAUAGUUUUAUGUCAACUACACAAGAUAUAGAAGUUGCAAUUGCAUUUUCUGGUGAUGGAUCAUCUGAAAUGAAACCUGAUGAAAUAUCAGUAAUAUAUGAAAUGACAAUUAAUACAAAUAUUCGAUCAACACCAUAUGCUAAAAUAAAAAGUAAAAUGAAUGAUGAAGAAGAAAUAUUAUUUUCAAUGGGAUCUAUUUUUCGUAUUGGAGAUGUUAAAGAAUUACGUAAUCGUGUCUAUUGCGUGAAAUUAACAAUGGUUCAUAUAGAAGAUCAAUUAUGGAAUAAAUUAACAGCACAUUUAGAUUAA